AUGCCAGAGGAAAUAUGCAUUGGAUAUUAUCAUGGAAACGGGUUAUUAGGAGCUAGACCUGCUGAGUUUCCAAUGGAGACUAAUCAUCGUCUGGCUUUGGCGCAGGGAGAUUUGUUUGUUGAUGUUGAAAAAUAUAGACGACUAAUUGGUAGACUGAUUUAUUUGGCCGUGACUAGACCUGAUCUUACAUACUCGGUGCAUACACUGUCUCAGUUUAUGCAACAACCGAGAAUCGAACAUUGGGAGGCUGCACUUCGAGUGGUUCGAUACUUGAAGAAUCCUGGGCAAGGCAUUUUGUUGCGCUCUGAUAGUAACCUGAGUUUACAAGGGUGGUGUGACUCAGAUUGGGCAAGUUUCCCUUUGACUAGACGUUCAUUGACAUGA